AUGGCAUCUGCCAAAGCCAAGCACUCACGGCCUUCAAAGACCAAGCAAGUGUCACCAAAAGGGAAGAAUCGCAAAUGGAAAGCUGUAUCGAGCAACAGCGAAUCAGAAACCAGCGAGAGUGAGACUGAACCAAAACGUACUUCGAAAAAGAAACCUCCAGCUCCUUCAAAAUCUAAGCGCGCACGUCGAAACACGAUUGAUGAGGUUGUCCACGAGAGUGAGGCCAGUGAAGAAGAAGAAAUUGAGCCCUUUGUUGAGGAUGCUGAAGAUGAAGAGGAGAGUAAUGGCUUGCAGGAACAGCACCACGCUCCUCUACCCGAUGUGCUGAAAACGAACAAACAGAGUACAACUGAUUUACUCACUGUGUUCUCGGAUCGUUGUACGGUGAAGUUUUGCCAGACUAAUGGAAAUGUAGAAACAUCGAAGGGGCGCUGGUGCAAUGUAUGCAAAGAUGAUAAGGAUUUUGUCGCAAAGCAUGGAAAACGCAAGGCAUUCCACGUCGGAAGUAAUUCUUCGUGUCGGCAACACAUCCGAAGUCAUUAUGAGGUAUACAAGAGUAAAUGUAAAGAACUGGGCCUGAAGGAAAAUCACCAUGUGAUACCGCGUGAUAUAGCAAAGCUGCAAGCGAAUAGGAAGAAACAAGCAAAGGACAUCCAACAAGAUCUAGGCCAGAUGUUCCAGAAGUCGCAAAACAAAGAGUAUUCAAGGGAGGAUGUGCUACGCACAGUUGCUGAAUUUGUGGUCUGCGACGAUCAGAGCCUUGUAGUGGCCGACAAACCCGCAUUUAGAAAUUGUUUGGUGGCAAUGCGGCCAAAUGCUAUACUGGCAGACAUACCUUCAACUCAUGAUGUGUUGGCUUACAUCCACAACGCUGUGGGUGAGGAAAUAGGAAUGCAAACUCCGGAGAGUCACAAGAAUAUCUACCUCGAGAGGCGAGCUAGUAGAAUCGUCCCUUAG